GCCGACGUCACCCUGCCAGCGGAGGAGUGGAUGGCCUCUGUAAUAAAAAUACAUGAAGGGAACUGAGGAAAAGGAGAAGACUGGCUGGGGAAAAAGCAGCAACACAGCGUUUAUUUCUUUUAAUCCCAUCCAAGCCAUUGACUCGUGGAUGCUAACGCUUUUUGAGACUUGAUGGGUGGUGUUUUCUGUGCCGUAUCGCAAGGUCCGGGCGAAAUGCGAUGUUAUGUGUGGCUUUCUUGGUUUUCUAAGCAGACAGAGAGAGAUAACUGUACUGUAUCCCAGUCUAGCGGAUUGGAGUGAAAGUCCGCCAUAUUCUGCCUUACCACGCCCGGGAGUCGAGCUAUUGGAAAUAAAACGGACAGCUUUAUUCAUGUAUUUUCCCCGCUGCCCUCAUCUACGGACGAUAACUUGAACACGGAGGAUAUUGUCAAGGCAAAAAUAACAACAUUGGAAGACUUUGAAGAGAGGGUGGCCGGGCACGGAUGGCAAUGCUUAACGAGAUCACACAGAGCAGCACGGAGGAUAUGUCUUAAAAGGAUCUGUUGAUCAUAUUGAGAAGGAAAAGCAGAUUACACCAAUUAAGAUUGCACAGAUAUUGAGCUCAAAUCGCUUCGGACACUAUUUUGAAACUGCCGGGAGGCCCAGAAAGCAAACCGAAACGGGGGGGAGGGGGGUAAACAAUUUCAAAAAUAUACAAUUUUCCUUUCCACCACAAUCUGUGCGCUGUUCAGGCUUAUUAUAAAGGGCGUCCACGCGUUAUUUCACCACACGUAGGCCUGUAUGUGGACGUUAUUUUGGCAUUCACGGGCCUCUGUUGUUGUUGUUUUUUCUCAACCAUUCUGAAAUCUGGAUGAAUCAGUAGAAGCAAAAGGCGGAAAAGUGCGCGUUUCAAAAAAAAUAAAAUAAAAUAAAUAAGAGAGAGAGAGAAUGACCCUGGAAUCCAUAAUGGCGUGCUGCCUCAGCGAAGAGGCGAAAGAAGCCAGGCGGAUCAACGACGAGAUCGAAAGGCAGCUCCGCCGGGAUAAGAGGGACGCACGCCGGGAACUGAAACUGUUGCUUCUCGGUACCGGGGAGAGUGGCAAGAGCACUUUCAUCAAACAGAUGAGGAUUAUCCACGGUGCGGGUUACUCAGAGGAGGACAAGAGGGGUUUUACCAAACUGGUCUACCAGAACAUUUUCACAGCCAUGCAGUCCAUGAUCCGAGCCAUGGAGACGCUCAAGAUCCCCUACAAAUACGAGCACAACAAGGGUAAUGCCAACAUUGUGAGAGAGGUGGACGUAGAGAAGGUCGCCAUGUUUGAGAAUCCUUAUGUAGAUGCAAUCAAGAGCUUAUGGAAUGACCCGGGCAUCCAGGAGUGCUACGAUAGAAGGAGGGAAUACCAGCUCUCCGACUCCACCAAAUAUUACCUGAACGCAUUGGACCGGAUCGCUGAACCAAACUACCUUCCAACCCAGCAGGAUGUGUUGAGGGUCCGAGUGCCGACCACAGGCAUCAUUGAAUACCCCUUUGACCUGCAGAGUGUUAUAUUCAGGAUGGUGGAUGUUGGGGGUCAGAGGUCAGAGAGGAGGAAGUGGAUCCACUGCUUUGAGAACGUCACCUCCAUUAUGUUCCUGGUGGCGCUCAGCGAGUACGACCAGGUUUUGGUGGAAUCAGACAAUGAGAACCGGAUGGAGGAGAGUAAAGCGCUGUUCAGGACGAUAAUCACUUACCCCUGGUUUCAGAACUCCUCUGUCAUUCUGUUCCUCAACAAGAAAGACCUGCUAGAGGAGAAGAUCAUGUACUCUCACCUGGUUGACUACUUCCCAGAGUAUGACGGUCCUCAGAGAGACGCCCAAGCAGGGCGAGAGUUUAUCCUUAAGAUGUUUGUGGAUCUGAACCCGGACAGCGAUAAGAUCAUCUACUCUCACUUCACCUGUGCCACCGACACAGAGAACAUCCGUUUUGUCUUUGCCGCCGUCAAAGACACCAUCCUGCAGCUCAACUUAAAGGAGUACAACCUGGUGUAGUGGAGGCAGAACGGAGCAGGUCUGGGUGUGCCGGCAGAAUGGCCCUCAGCACACUGACUGACUGUCGCAAUCUGUGAAAAGAUGAAUCAUAUACACACAUGAAAAAAAUCUGAGAAAAAAAUCUAAUGGUUGCAUAAUACUAAUUUAUUUGCCAUUUGUUGAUCCCUUGGUCCCCAAGGGGUGAGCAAAGUAAAUGUUAUCUUACUAUUUAAGGAGUUGAUAAAAUGUAGGGAAGGGGGCAGGACAGGGACAGGAUGGGAUAUAUGGGCAGGGUGGGGGGUUUGCUGUUGAGUAUGUACAGCAUCGAUCCUCAUUUUUAGGCUUUGCGUAUUGUGAAGUUUUUUUUGUUUGUUUGUUUGUUUUUGUUUUUGUCUUUUUUUCGGAAAGAAAGGAAGAAAGAAGCUAGUUUCUGCACUCUAGGGUUGGAGGGUUGCCUGUCUGUCUGUCUGUCAGUCUGUCUGAUGCAUCAGAGCUGGAACGAAUGCAAGGUGCUCCCUCCCUCCUGCCUUUUUUGUAAAAAAAAAAAAAAAAAAGAAAGAAAGAAAAAAAAACAGAAAGAAAAAAGAAAAAAAAAUGAAAACAGGUUUCCAUUCCUUUUGAUGCCCCUCCUUUCCUGUCAGUCCAUUCCAAAGCCUUGCUGUGGGCUAAAGCUAAGCCACGCGUUUGCUCUUUUGCCCAACAGGAAAUUGUAUUACACAUCUCUAAUUAACGGCUUCCAUUUUCCUCUUAAGGAUUGAUUGGCAGGUCUCUUCAUAUAUAGGUAUGAACUGUGAUUUUUAAAUUAUUUGAUAUUGAUUUGAUAUUGAUUGUCAUUAACCAUUAUUAUUAUUAUUACAUUGCAUUGACUUUGGUACCAUCCAGUGAGUACAGUGUGUGUGUGCGACACAGGAAGCACAUGGCCAACACGCAGUAGCAUGACAGUUUGGGGAUUGCCUGAGUGCUGUGUUGAGUGAUGGUCACUUGACAGCUCAACUUAACUGCUUUACUUAACAAUGGAGUUAAAAUUGGCUUUUUUAAAAAAAAAAAGUGCUUUUGGAGCUUUCCAAAUGAGAGAAAGCCCUACUUGUUGAAGAGUGAAAGUGUGACUAAGAUAGGAGGCACAGAGGGACCUCUCUUCCGUCAUGUGUCAUGAAAAUCAUGACGACGGUGGUCGCUCUACACAGAUGGAGGGGAGCUGAGGAUAUAUUAAUUUAUGAGACAAUGUUGUUUAAUGAUUAUGUUCAACUGUGCCACAUUAACGCUUUUUACUAUGGUAAUAUGUGUAUUUAUUGCCAAUGCCAAAACAACUCAUGCACCAGACUCCACUUUGCGCUGUUUAAUACUUUGACGAAUUGAAAGUGUUGAGGACAGGGAAGGGCAGGGAUAAUGAACAGAACACGUGUGGACUGACUGACUGACACGCCGACUGACCGACCUCUGCGGUUUUGAAGUAUUCAACACAGUCAACGGUAUCCCCCACCCCGCCCCCCCACUGCUCGGACUGACUUAAGCUACAGUUAGUUAGCAGGCCAACAAAGCGGGAGCAGCUACCCGGCACACUGAACUCUUCGAACUGUCCAAUCACAACAGCGUGCCUGGCUGUGAACCCUGCCCCCGAGCCUGCAGACUAUCCAGUCACAUUCCAGCUGUGUCUUUUUAAUUGUCCAAUCACAGCCCGGCUGUCUGACUGUUGUAGUUCACUAGCAGUGGAGAAUAAAUUUGGCAAAUUCCUAUGUAAAAGGGCAGAGUGUUGAUGUUCCAUUUGUACCAAAGUAAGCCCUUUUUUGUUUCUGAUUGGCAUCUGUGGUUCACACCUCCUCAUACCCAAGUUAUUUUGAGUAUAUAGGGGUUUUUUUGUAACAACUCCCUAAAACAUAAGCCGGUAAUUUACAUUUUAUUGAGGCAUAGUGCAAUUAUGAAUGCUAUAAUCAUUGUACAUACAUCUCUCUAUAUAUAUAUGGCAGCAUCUUUGUUGGCUUUGUAAUCAUUACUUUUUUGGCAGAUUGAAUGUGCGGUAUUGAAAAUAUGUAUCUAUGUAAUUGUAUUGUAUGUCUAAUGGCUAAUUCAUUUUUGGAAGAAAAAAAAUACGUUAUUUACAUCUUUGUUUUUGUUUCCUUUUUUUAAGAGGAGAAUGUAAAUUUUGUGUUUUUGCCAGUUUUACUUCUCAGCAACACCAUUCAGUUUUCCGAACUGCUUAAAGAGGAAUAUUACUAUCCAACAACAGAUUGAUGGGUAUGCCAGUACUUACAGUAGCCGUUUUGUUAAAUUGACUUUUAUAUGAAAAACUGCAGACUAAAUACAAUUUACAGGGCUAAUUGUAUUCGUUUAGUUCUUAACUGGCAUCAGGAACAGAGCACUUGUCAUGCAAGCGUAAUUGCAUCACUCAUUGAAUCUUUUUCUUUUUUCUUUAGCAACAUUACACGGCUUCUCAAGUAUUAAGUAACUUUGAGCGGCAAUAUUCAUUAUUGUAUCCCACAACGUGACCCCAAACACCACUCACCCACUCACAAACCUCUCCCUGUUCUGUUUUAUUUAACAAAUGUUGUUUUAACAAGGUGGAUUUUAUGGCAUGUAAAGUGUUGCUUUGACUGAGAUCUUGCCUAAAAUUGAUAGGAAACAAGGGCAUGUAAUUAUUUUGGGUGUGUGAUGGUUUGUCCUGUUAGGGUGGGGCAUGCCAUCACCCUUCAUUCCUCCUCAAAUGAAUCUCCUCCUCUAAUAGAAAGCUGCACAUCCUUCACUGGUCAUACAGUCAUACAGUACUGCCUCAACAUUUACAGCUCUGUCCAAACCCAGUGUUCUACAGUCUGUCAGAAUUUAAUGUUUUAAAAUCAGAUUAAGCAGUGCACUGACACACACACACACACACACACACACACACACACAAGCUUGCAAAAAAAUAAUCAACCAUCUGACCUAACAAGGACGGUACAUUAACAGAUUCUUUUUUUCUUCUUUUUUUUCCAGUUCCAUAUUGGUGGCCACCGUUCAUUAGAAUGUACAGUGCUAUUUUAGAUUUUAUUUCUGCGAUGACAACAUUGGAGGAAAAAAAACAAAUACAGUUCACAUGUACAUUGCCUUAUUGAAAAAGCUGUGCCUCUCUGAAGUCCCAUGCAAGGCACCUGUGUUUUUAUGAAGAGUAUAGCUCAAUAACGUCACAUAGGGCAGCUGGUGGAUUGAAUUGGCUGGGUUUGGGCUGGGUCAUCUCUGCUGUUAUUUUGUGCUAUAACAAGACCUGGUAACACGUCACUUGAAGUGUUUCUUAUGUAGCAGUUACGUUAUUACAAUACAUAAGCACAUCAUGUGUGCAUUAUAAUCAGAACAUGACUUCUAAUAAUUGGAUAACACUGUCAUAUCAGAUUUAUAAUGUCUUAAAACAUGCUACAACACAUUAUGGAGUUUUGAUGCAAGUGUGACGGAACAACAGUGCAUAUACAAAAUGCUUGCGAUAUGCUAAAGAGGUGUCACAAUCUGCGAAAUUACCGCCAGCCACCAUCAAAAUGCUUUUGCCACAAUUGGCUUUAGUUUUGGUGUCAAAUAUACCAGCCACUGUGGCAUCUUACCAACCAUCAUGUGGAGGCCCUGUAAUUCUCUACAAUUUUAGUUGGCUGUACAAAGCUUAGUUCAAUUUUACUGUCGGCAGGCACCACCCACUGUGGCCAGUGAUCAAAUAAAUUAGUUCCCUGCCCUGCUUAGAGUGCACUCGAAGUAAAUGGUGAUUCAAGCCCCUGCCCAGUGCAAAUAUCCUGGUCUUUCAAUAACCACUUCCAAACAGCAGGACUACUAGAGGCCAACUCAGUGCACGUCUCUGAAAAUCGCCCAAAAUGGUGUUAAUGUGAUUCUUCCCGUUGCCAGAAUAGAUGUUUUGAAGCUGGAUUAUAGUGUCAAGUUAUCAGUGUUUAUGAUCACACGCUAUAAGUCAUAGUGAGUCGAUUGUGUCCCUGCUGUGGUAAAGUGGCUAUUGACGCUGGCCCAGUUGCUAAAGGGAAAAUCUUUGUUGAAACAUUUAAUGUCUGUAAUCCACUGAACGUACACAGGCCAAUCAAUAUUUGUGAGACUGAGCAAGUCCUUCCCAAAGCUAAAAACAAGAGGGCCCAAAGCUCUAAUCUGUGAUGUGAUGUUUAGUGAUUAAGGGCCAAAACCUUGAGCAAGAAAACUGACAGUGAAUUUCAAAUUAAUUUGCACAGUGAUGUAACGUUGAGACUAAGUGAUUGGAUUUAUAGUGCUCGCAAUGAGCUCUCUUUCAGUGUAGUGCCAGCAGAUAUGAGUCAUACCCCCUUAAAUUCAGCCUACAAUAAAGGCCACAAAUUCACUCUCCAAUUCACUGUCAGUGGAACAGCACCAGGUUCUGCCUCUCAGUUACAUCAUCAAGACACUCUUGACUCUGGUUUUGCAGCUUUGUGAGAAAUGUGCUGCUUCACACAUCGAGCCUCAGCCACACAUAGAAGAACAUGUGGGUUCUUUUUCAGAGAGUAGAUUUCCCUUUUAAGAGAGCACGGACUCCAGUGCUGACUUACUGACACGUUUUGUCGGAAACCUCUGCUGCUGUGCAAAUUUCAUGGGGUGUGUUCAACGGCAGUGCAGUGUUACAGAGAUGUUCAGAAAAAGAAAUGUGCGAAGGACAUCUGCAAGGCCAGGAUUGAGAGGAUUGCUUUCCACGUGACUUGGUACCUGUUUACAGCUGUAGAAGCAUAAUUCAUGUUUUGCGCAGUUUCAGACAUGAUUUGAUUGCUUUCAUAUAGUUUAAUGUUUUGGUUUUUUUUUAAUGUCCACCCAUUUGUGGUGUUGGAAGUAUUUAGAAAUGUGCAUCUUUUCAUUUCAACAAAUUUCUUCUUAAAGCAAUCUUUUUUUGUACCGAUAACAUAAUACACCCGACAUUUGUAUAAUCUGGUUACUUUAAUAUGUUUAAAUUGAUAUGGUAAAUUAAGCAUAGUGCAGGUUUGAGACAAAAUGUAUCUGUAAUUGAACUUAAGUCUUUACCUCCUAUACAACCUCUGUCAAGCACUGAAAAAAUGAGCUGGCUGAUUAAAUUCCAGACAGUCUGUAAAGUGAGAGCAUAAACUCUUAAGAAAUAUAUAAAUCAGUCUCUGACAUUUUGCUAACACUUCACUCAAUUGAACGUGCCCCAGGCAUGCUGCCAAGCAAUUGGAGUGGGUUGAAGCUGCCCUUUUCGAAGUUGAUUCAGGCUGUGUUUUCAAUUUCCUUUGCGAUCUGAAACAGAAUUCACAGAUAUUCCCUCUGCUAUCUUGGGUUGCCUUGUCUAGAUUUGUUUACAUGCACAAACGAAGCUCCCACUUCCACAAAGUAAGAGAGGCAGCACUCUAGUCUGUGAAUAUCUCAGGCAACUCUUUGCAGCUGCUCCACUGAGAAUCAAUGAUUUUCAAGUGAUAAUGGAUUUAUUUUCUGGGUUAAUUAUUAGUUAUUGCUCUUAGCACCACCGUACAAUAAAGCUCAUUUGGAUUUAAGACAAAUUUGCAAAGUGCCCAUGAAUCCAGCAUCACUUUGCUCAUUAAGUGGAGCGACUCCAAGUUUUGCCUCAUAGAUCAGAGUCCUGAUUCCCUUAUUUUUAGUUUUGGGAGAGAGUUGUUGAUGAUCACAUAUUAAUUGAUCUCUCUAAGAUCAUAGGGAUGAACACACAUUUUGCUAGGGGCUAUAGAUUCUCCUGCGAUGGGAGUAGAGGAGCUUGUCCUUAACUUAGUAGGGUGCCUUCAUCCCAAAGCAUUGACGUGAACAUGAUGGCCCCCUGCUUCAUCCCACACAAAACUGAGUUCUUUGUACUUAACUACUCCCGUUGAUGAUAACCUGUUCAAUCUUUCUGUUGUUGUAAAUGUUCUUGUUGCAAAGCAAUCAUGAUGAUACCGAGUAGACUGGACUUCUCAAAAAUGUAUGUAUUGAGAACGUUGUACAAAAAGAGGACAACUGUGGAUAAAAAGAGAGUAAACUGCACAAAAAGCCCUCAGA